CCUUCUCCUCUCGUAGAGCAGUUGGAGCGAAUAGAGGAGGGCCUGGAUCAGAUCAACUCUGAUAUGAAGGAGGCCGAGAAAAACCUGACUGACCUGGGCAAGUGCUGUGGCCUCUGCUCCUGCGAGAAGCUGAAGGCCUUCGAGGAGAGCGGAGCGUACAAGGCAGUGUGGGGCGGCGGUCAGGACGGCGUUGUGUCCAAUCAGCCGCCGUCGUCUCGAGUCAUCGACGAGAGGGAGCAGAUGAUCAUGAGUGGAGGAUACAUACGGAGGGUGACUAACGACGCCCGCGAGGACGAGAUGGAGGAGAACCUGGCUCAUGUCGGCAGCAUCAUCGGAAACCUGAAGAGCAUGGCCCUGGAUAUGGGCAACGAGAUCGACAAGCAGAACGUCCAGAUCGAACGCAUCCAGGGAAAGGUACUGAUGUCACAUCACAGCGCCUCACCAGGUGUCAACAAACGUCACAGUGCGUCUCAGAACGCCGCCACGUACCUGCACAUAUAUAAACCAUGAUCACAACUCUCCGCACUGCUGAACAACCAGUGAGAAAUGAAGAGUCUCACAGGUUAAUAACCUUGGUGUCAUGUUAAUACUGUCAUCAUCAUCAUCAUCAUCAUCAUCAUCAUCAUCUGAGACAUGUUGCUGAGGUACUUUAUAUCUCAGGAUGAUGCUGACACACUCUCUUAUUUCAUGACGACUGUGACGCUCACAGGAAAACACAUUAAUGACUGCAGCUCCUCCGAAACACAGCUGACGUCAGCGCGUUGACUCUCAGGGGAAUUUUAGAACUGAUUUUAGAAUAGUGACACUUGUGUUUAAGGCUUCACGUGUUCAGACACAGCGAUGUCUCUCUGAUAUGGCUGUGAGCUCUGAGUCAGCUCCACCCCUGAGGUCACCUGGAACAGGUCACCUGGUACAGGUCACCUGGAACAGGUCACCUGGUUAUUCCUCAGGUCUCCAUGCAUACAGGUGAAAGUUUCUUUAGUUUCUUUUCUGCUCAGCUGCUGGAACAUUUCACCUGAUGACAUCAGGAGUGCCCAAACAUCUUUUAAAUGUU